AGCGGAGCCAGAGCAUGGGUCCCUCGAGGUUGUGGAGUGGCUGAGCCCGGGCCCGGGGCCGGCGACACGCUGGAGGCGCUGCGGCGGCACUCGCGGCAGAUCGCCGCGCGACGCGUGCGCCGUGUGCAGUUCACGGAACGGGAGCGAGAUGGCGCGCGCGGAGACGGCGCAGAAAGCGGCGGGUCGGAGAUGUCGGGCGGCAGCGGCGGGGCGGACCGGCGGCCGUCCACCUGCCGCGUCGAGAUGGGCAACCUGCUGGCGCCGGAGCCGCGGCCGCUCGACAAUAAGGUCAAGCGGCACAGUAUCCACGGGAUGACAGAGGAGGAGAACGUGGUGCGUCCGCACCAAGAGAUGGCAGUGCUAUCGCUGGACGAGAAGAAGUACCUCCUCGGGGUGGAGCGAGGCGACGUGGCGGGAACCCGGCGCGUGCUGCUGCGCGCCAGGGAGACCCAGCACAUUAACGUGGACUGCGUGGAUCCCCUGGGAAGGUCCGCGCUGUUGAUGGCCAUCGACAACGAGAACCUGGAGAUGGUGGAACUGCUGCUUGAGUUCGGCGUUGAAACGCGCGACGCGCUGCUGCACGCCAUCUCCGAGGAGUUCGUGGAGGCCGUCGAGGCGCUCCUGGACCACGAGGAGCGGUGCACCAAGCCUGGGGAAUUGCAUAGCUGGGAAGCGCUGCCACCGGAGACGGCGACGUUCACGCCCGACAUCACGCCGCUCAUCCUGGCGGCGCACCGCGACAGCUACGAGAUCAUCAAGUUGCUGCUGGACCGCGGCGCCGCGCUGCCCGUACCUCACGACGUGCGCUGUGGCUGUGACGAGUGCGUUCGCUCACGGCGCGAGGACUCACUACGUCAUUCCCGUUCUCGCAUCAACGCUUACCGCGCGCUCGCUUCGCCGAGUCUCAUAGCUUUGUCCUCCAAGGACCCAAUACUCACGGCGUUUGAACUGUCGUGGGAGCUACGCCGGUUGUCAGCGCUCGAGCAUGAGUUCAAGACUGAAUAUCAGGAGCUUCGCGCGCAGUGCCAGGAGUUCGCGACCGCGCUACUGGACCACACGCGCACCUCACACGAGCUGCAAGUGCUGCUGAACCACGAGACGGGCGCCGCCACGCCGCCGCUUGCCGAGCCCGGCGCGCCAGAGCGCAUGCGCCUCUCGCGCCUCAAGCUGGCCAUCAAGCUGCGCCAGAAGAAGUUCGUAGCGCACCCGAACGUGCAGCAGCUGCUAGCCUCAAUCUGGUACGAGAGCGUGCCCGGCUUCCGGCGCAAGAACAUGCUGCUGCAGGCGCUGGAGAUGGCGCGCAUCGGCGCCAUGUUCCCGCUGCACGCCCUGGCGUACGUGGCCGCGCCGCACUCUGCGCCCGGCCGCACGCUACGCAAGCCUUUCAUCAAGUUCCUGUGUCACUCCGCCAGCUACUUCAUGUUCCUGUUUUUACUAAUUCUGGCGUCUCAGCGCAUCGAGACAGCGACUAUGGGUAUAGGUUGGGAUCGAACCAAUCAAGGCCAGCCGCCAGUGUCCCGCCGGGGGGCGCCGCCCUCGCUCGUGGAGUGGCUCAUCCUCGCCUGGGUCAGCGGCUUGAUCUGGAGCGAGGUGAAACAGCUGUGGGACAUGGGGCUGCGCGAGUACGUGCACGACAUGUGGAACGUCAUCGACUUCGUCACCAACUCGCUGUACGUCGCCACCGUCGCGCUUAGGAUCGUUUCGCACUUUCAGGUGCGACGCGAGAUGGCGCAGGGCCUGCAGUGGAACCAGCCCCGCGAGAAGUGGGACGCGUGGGACCCCAUGCUGCUCUCCGAGGGGCUUUUCUCCGCCGCCAACAUCUUCAGCAGCCUCAAGCUGGUGUACAUCUUCAGCGUCAAUCCGCACCUGGGCCCGCUGCAGGUCUCGCUGAGCCGCAUGGUGCUGGAUAUCCUCAAGUUCUUCGUGCUUGAUAUACUGGUUAUCUUUGCUUUUUCGUGCGGUCUGAACCAGCUGUUGUGGUACUAUGCGGACAUGGAGAAGAAGCGCUGUGUAACGACUCCGAGCAGCGCCAACGGUACCAUCCCUGAUCCUGAUGCCUGCAUCGUGUGGCGACGGUUUGCCAAUUUAUUCGAAACAAUGCAGACUCUGUUCUGGGCGGCAUUCGGCCUCGUGGACCUGGACUCGUUCGAGCUGGACGGCAUCAAGAUCUUCACGCGCUUCUGGGGCAUGCUGAUGUUCGGCACGUAUGCCGUUAUUAACGUCAUCGUGCUUCUGAACUUGCUCAUUGCUAUGAUGAAUCACUCAUACCAGCUCAUCUCCGAGCGCGCCGACGUGGAGUGGAAGUUCGCGCGCAGCAAGCUGUGGAUCAGCUACUUCGAGGAGGGCGGCACGGUGCCGCCGCCCUUCAACGUGGUGCCGUCGCCCAAGUCGCUGCUGUACGCGUGGAGCUGGCUGCAGCGCCGCAUGUGCGGCCACGCGCGCGCCAAGCGCGAGCACAUGCGGACCAUCAGGAGAAAAGCAAAGCAAGCCAACGAACGCGACUUCCGUUAUCAGGCGAUAAUGCGUAACCUGGUGCGUCGCUAUGUGACCGUGCAGCAGCGGCGCGCCGAGUGCGGCGGGGUCACCGAGGACGACGUCAACGAGAUCAAACAGGACGUGUCCGCCUUCCGCUGCGAGCUGGUCGAGAUCCUGCGCAACUCCGGCAUGAACACGUCCACCGCCAAUGCGGGUGCGCCCGGCGGCGGCGGCGGCAAGAAGAACCGCCAGAAGGAGCGGCGGCUGAUGAAGGGCUUCAACAUCACGGCCCCCGGCGGGUCGCUGGCCCCCGUGGACGAGUUCCUGGCGUCGCUGCACCACGAGCACGGGCCGCACUCGCAGCUGUCGCAGCUGCUGGGCGGGCGCCUGCGCGCCAGCCAGUCCAGCCUGAGCGACGCCGCGCCGGCGCCCGGGCGCCGCAAGCCGCCGCACAAGCGCCGCUGGGGCACCAUCAUCGACGCGGCGCGCGCGGCGCGCGUCUCGCGCCUCAUCGGCCGCUCGCGCUCCGAGGACUCCGUCUGCGACCACAACCGACAGUCGCCCAGUGGCAGCGAGCGAUCGGAGUCGGGCAGCGACUCGCAGCGCAGCGAGCGGCGCGCGGGCGGCCCGCUGCACCCGCUCACCGCUCUCGCCGCGCUCAAGCGGAAGCGGAAGAAGUUCUCGGACUCGCGGCGGCAGCCGGAGGAACGGGACCGCCCGGCGGCGGAGGCGCUGCAGCGCGCGAGCUCGGUGCCGGCGCGCAAGCCGCCCACGCCGCCGCCGGAGCGCGCGCCGCCGCCGCCGCCCGCCGACGCGCCCGGCCGCGGCGGCUCCCGCGAGCCGCUGCUCGCCAGCCUCGACGACGACGCCAAUAAGCAGGAGCAGCAGUGCGGCUGCGCCGAGGCGACGGGGCGCGCGGCGCGGCCGAGCGGCGGCGCGCUGGCCAAGCUGGCCGGCGUCACGCCGCUGCACGGACACGCGCCGCACCACUCCGCCGGAUGGCUCUAACGACACAUAGUCCAGGAGUCGGAUCCGGCCCAGCACAAAGAACAAGCGAGAAGCCUGGCCCUUGGGUCAAAUUGGAGACCCCUGACCUAAUCCGUCGGUCUGCGGGCUCAUUGUGCCUGUGACGGUGUUUAUGUUAUCCUCAGUGGAGUGAAUUAGAGUGGUCGCGUGCUACUUAUCCCCGGCAAAAUAGUCUCGUCUUGAUUUCUGGUUUAGAUCAGCAAAACUGAGGCAGCUGUCUGCGAUACGCGAGUAGCAAUCGACUAUUUUUCGUGUAAACUUGGGUGUAGAUAUGUAGAUUCCGUUUGAUAUUAAUUGCCGAUCGCUGGUUAUUUACGCUGCCAGCAAAUAGGUACUGAGGGCCCUUGGUUUUAUGCGAAAACCUCACGAAGAAAGUUACUGAUCGCUACUCGUUGAUCGCCACUAUUUAUUAAGAUAUCUACGCUUAAAGUAAUCUACAUAAUACCAUGACAUUAUCAAAACGCAUAGUUAAGAUAAUUCUACCGAAGAGUCGAAGGAAAAAGGAUUACCAGUGUCAUUUUAUAACAUACGUUACUUACUUAAGAAUUACUUUUUGCAUUCUAUUUGUUGAAAUAUUUUGGGGCAAAAGCAAAAUAUCGCAUAAUUUCUUUAAAAAAAAAAACAGAACUUUAAAUUACAACCAUAAAAGCAUUUAAAAAAUAAUAAUGUUUUGUCCGCUGAACUUUUCAACUGUUACCAUAGUGAAUUAGCAACAGCUAAAUCUUAUAACCUUCUACAUAAUGACACCUUUAACUUUUAACACAUUCACUGCUAGAACCCGUCUCGCCUAGUUAGUGCUCGUAACUUUUGCUUAGAUGCGCCAAAGAGCCCACCUAGCCAGUGCACAUAUCGCCGCGGCUAGCAGGGUUGACAUUAGGGGGAUGGCCAAGAUGCCAAUCGACAAUCGUUUGCACUACUACAACGAAACGCUUCCUGUCUCUCUAUGACUCUUACAUAUUAGUGCGAUUGGCAUCUUGGCUAGGUACCCAGCAAAGAAGUUUUAAUUAUUAUAAUUAGACAUGCAUGUUUGAUAUGUCGUAAAUUACGAAAUUCAUUGAGGAUUGCGUAUGUAUGCUUUAGAACCUAAUGGUAUAUCGAAAACCAUUUGGAACUGCUUCCGCUCGAUUUCUACUAACAAGUUAGUUCGUUAGACAGGCCAGACUAAAAAUAGAUAUUUUAUACUAAUUUGAAUUUGAUCACAAAUCAAAUCAUCAAUGAUUGCAAAUCGUAUAAUCUGAGGAGUCUUACAAAAAUCUAAUUUUUACGUUAUGCUUACAUUAAAUAUUGCAAAUACGUCACUUAGCGGCGAGACUAAAAACUAUUAAAAGUAUUAAAUAAAAGUAAUAUGGAUUUAUGAAUAUGAAACUUGGCACAGCCCUGAUGGCCGCCAAGUGGGCGCGCGGCGUACACUACUGUGUUGUCGUCAAACCGCCUAGCGGGGGCUUAUAGCUAUUGCAUUGUUUUUUGAGUAGCUACUGCUUAAUUUGUUGUCUGGCAGUGAAUGUGGUAAAGUAUUUAUAGUCAACUAUACUCUGGCAACCCAACUUUGUUAGUAGUAAAAGCGCGGAAUCCAAAAUUUAUACAACAGAUCCAUCCUAACGCUCCUACAUUUUACAAACUUGCCGCGUUAUAACAAAAGUGAAGUAAAUAUUUCAACGUAAAAGGCAAAAUCAGACAGUGAAAAGAAUAUUGUGAAAGUUACUCCGUACUUUUUACGCAAAUAUUAAUAAUAAGGCUAACGGUAAACUAGUAUAUGUACUAUAAUAAUCUAUGUAACAACUAGAAUCCAAUAGGUACUUACUGGUCACUCGAAAACAGACACGUAAUGAAACCACAACGAUAACGGUACUUAAAUAGAUAGUGAAAAUGACCAAUAAGUAAUUUUUGAUAGUUUUUGUCCACAAUUCAGAACGAACACAGCAAUAUAAGAGGCCUAAACAGAACGAAGUAGAUGUAUCAUAUCUCACAGCCUCAUCGUCGGGAAUCAAAUCUAGCCAUAGCCAUUAUGAAAAGGAAUAAACUCUAGAGUACCUGCGAUUGCGACAAUGAACAAUCGCCAUGUCGCUAUUUAGAUCCCGAUCGAGAGGCUGGAAGCAGUAGUUAUAAUUAAAUGUAAAUAGCUAGUAGAUAGCGAAAGUGAAUCGAGCUAUGCACAGCGAGAAUUCAAAGCAAACUGUUAAAUGGAGCCAGAUAAAUUGAGCUAGUCUGGUCGUACUUCCAUUCGCCUAGAUCUCGGGUUAAAAUUUACUAGUUUGCUUGGUCUCGUGAAUUGAGAUGGCCGUCCAUGUUGCAGGACUCGACGUUGUAAUCAGUGUGGAGGUCGCCUCGCGGCACGCACAUAUACUCAUAAGCGUUUGAAUUUUACAACAUAGCCUUAGGAACCUUCCUUGACUUUAACCAUGACAACGUUACCUAAUAUCAAACACCAAGUAGGAUAAGUAGGUACAAAUAAAAUUAUAACAUACUUAGGGCCUGUUUCACAAUGGCCAAGUUAAGUCCUGAAUAAGCUACUUGCCACUUAUCUGUCGAAUAAAGUCAUUGUCGACGUUUCGCAAUCUUCAAAUAAGCUUAACUGGUACAUAAAGUUUUGUAGCAAGUUUUAUCUGGCAGUUAAUUUAUUUUUUAAUUAGCUAUCAAAUACUUUACUUGGACAUUGUCAAACAGACAAUGAAAUAAAUAUAGGAAACUAUUUAUUUAUACACCUACGGGUCGCAGUUUAAUAUAAGUCGAUAGUAAGUUAUCAAAUACAAUAAUGUGUUCCAGAAAGUUUUCCAGUAAUCAUUUAUGCUGUUCUCGGCGCACACUCACUAAUAUAAGAUUAAUCGAACAAGAAUAAGCAGGGAUUUUUAAGUGAAUGAUUUUCCCAUUUAUAUGUACUUGUUUACACGCAGGCUAGACACGAAGGCUAAGCAAAGCUAGGCUAGGCUAAGUAAAUGGGUCGAACACCAAUCUUGAAUGACUAGGAAUAGAAAUAUAAACUAUUGCAGUAAGUCUUGAUGUGAUUAGUUGAAUGUUCUGCUGUAGUAGAGUGUCGACAAGGCGGGCUCACGCAGCGUCGAAUGUAAGCCCCUUGAAAAGUGGGCUUGGUCACAAAAAUCAUUAGUCUGUCAUUGGCGUAAUGAACUCCGUUGCCCAUAAAUGUAAUAUGAUCAGUUUUAAAAUGUGAAAUAAUUCUGAAAUUCCAGUCUUUGACAGUGUACUCGUAUAAGCAUUGUGUAAGGAUAACCCGCAGAACUAAAUCGAAGCUGAAUCACUAAGACCACACCAGCGCACUUUCAUGUUCGUCUUGCGUCUUUCUCGAACAGCGAUUAAUUUCGUGGACUUGCGUAGUAUGGUGACGGUAUCACUUUCGUUUGCCGUAUAAAGGACCGAAGAGAAAGGAGGAAAGAGAAGGAGGAAGAAAGGAAGGAAGGAGGAAAUGCACCACGAAUGUUUGAGCGAAUUAAUAAAAAGCCACGAUGUAAAUUAGCAAUUUGGCAGCAAAACACACGCGGUAAAAUUACUAUAUGAGUAGAACGAUUUGAAAUGGGAAGACACAAGAAGAAUCUGAAAGUGCACUGGUGUAGACAUAAUGACUAGUGUUGGUAAGUCUAGAGUAUUUACAGUCCUUGAAUUUAAGACUCAACUCUGUACAUUUCUGUUUUAGUCAAGUCAAAGCUCGAGUCGAUACAAAGAAUUCUUCUGCAAAGAAUCGAGUUCAAUAAAUUCCAGACGCGUUGUAUUCAUAUAAGGAAAACGUCCUAGUGCUCCACAUCCACCCGUACUACUAAUGACAUAGGUGAGUUUAAAAAUAGCAUGUACAGGAACAGUGACGAGCACUAUAUAGGACGCCUACCAUACAGUAAUCAUCACUUAUUUAUUUAUACUUUAUUGCACAAAAAACUUAUCGUACAAAAGGCAUUUAUGAUUUACAAACACAAAAUGUUUUCAUAACGAUAUUUCCUUACUUUUAUUAGAACAGAACAUUCAAUAGCAUCCAUAUGUUACGGUGACUCUUUACCGUCAGGCGGGCCGUAUGAUUGUUUGCCAUGAACGUUAAAUUCAUGAAAUUUAGACUUAUAAGACUCGUUUUCUUACCAACUCUAGACAUAGACACGGAGAAGUGAUUAUAUGUCGCAAACUUGAAAUAUUUUUGUCCGGUGUUUCAUUUCCCAAAUUUUCAUUUACGAACGCGUGUUAAAUCGAACGAGUUUUUUUUUCAGAAGGGUCACAAAUCUAAACUAACAUAACCAGGCAUCGGAGUUUUUAUCGCACGGUAAGAUUAAUAGCGAGCUAUGGAGUCGACAUUAGCAAUAAAAUUCAACUCAUUUCAUACUCAUUCAUUUAUUUAAUUAGUGAUUUUAAUUUUCAAGGACAAGAAUGUUUGUAAACGUUCCUUUAAUUUUGUCAUUCAGGACAUAAAUAUUACAAAUAAUAAUAAUGACCAUUUUUUAUAUUGAUUAAUUUAUAUUCAUAUUAUUUUUACCUCUUUUAAUAUACAUAUUGUUUUUUUAUGAAAUUUUGUAAUAUAAAAAAAUGGUAAAUAUUCUUAUUUGUAAUAUUUAUGUAUUCGAUGACAAAAUUAAAGGGUAAUAUAUAACUCGUCAAAGUUCUAGUUCUUGAUUAUAAAAUUAAAAUCACUUAUUAAAUAGAUGAAUGAGUAUGAAUAUGAGUUGAAUUUUAUUGCUAAUGUCGACUCCAUAACUUGCUAUUAUUUAGUCUUACCGUGCGAUAAAAACUCCGAUGCCUGAACAUAACCUAGCCUUCCACAGGUUGCCUUUUUAAAAGUUUAUAAAAAUGAAUGGUCUUUGAAAAAAAACGCGUUCGAUCAAAUGAAACAUUUUUCGAAGUUGCGAUAGCUUUACGGAAGUAUGUCACACUGGCACUCGCUUGCUGUGUACCGAAGCACCCAAUUUUAGUAGAUACCCGUCUAAGGGGCUAUUUAAACGAGUAGGUGGUUUUGAAAUAUUGUAUGUUUAAGUGUUUAGAUACGUCAGGAUGGCAGUCAGUACACGGGCGAUGGUCUGGGCGACGAAACAAAUGAGGUGGCACGAUCGCUUUUCCAUUAAAUAUUCAUCCCUUACUAACAAAUGUGAAAGAGACGAAUGCUAAUAUGUCAAACAUAAAGUGAGUAUACCACCGGUCUGGAUACUCGGGACGAAAUAAAUGACUGUGUUGCGAUAAACCUCGAAGCUUGUCCUACGCCAGAGUUAGAGAUAGACUAUUUAAUGUACUAUACGUUCCACUGGUAAAGGUAUCUUAAGGCGGUUGGCCCUUACGUCGCUUUGGCACCGCAAUAGUAUUGGGGCGUCGUGUCGUUAGUAAUAGCACCGUACCUUUACCGGUGGUACGUCAUAUAUUUCCUGAAACUCACAGUUUAGCUUCUGUCAUUGAAAUGUUUAGGUGUACUUGUACUUAAAUGUUAGAUAGGCGGAGUGUUUUCGCAACACAGUUUAGUCACCUUGUCGCUCAGGGGGCCUAGCCAAGUGACAUCGUUUAUAGAAAAUGUAUGGAAAUCAGCGACAGAAUAUAUACAGACGAAGCUCUCAGUACAUUUUUGACUUAUCACUUAUCAUCACCGUCCAUAUGACUAUGACUGACUCUUAUGUUUAUGUGACACUUAAGUAUCACUACAAGUAAUUAGAAUGCGGCCAGGCGCAAAUUUCCUUGGUCAUCGCAUCCCGGGUGAUAACUCGUAAAGUGGUUAAGGGCGAUGUAUAAUUAACCCUCGUGGACGUCAGCUGCCGCUCCGUUGCUGAUUGGAAGAACGGCAGCCACCAAUUCGUGAAAAUAAUUUGCUUAAUUAUUCCUCUAUGCCCGCCCACAGCUUUGAAAAAUACGCAAUACGCAAUACCCCGCUAUUUAAAAAAAGUUGUGAUUGGUUAAUAAAAGAUGUCAAACGCGCGCGGCAUGUGGCAUAAGAACAUAUAAAGUUGUCAACAUGCGCGCAGUACAAUUCAGUCGCUCGCGGCACAAUUCUCGAGAGAGAGUUUUUGAGUCAAACUUUCAUAGCAUCUGUCAUCUCGAAACCUACACUUUUUCAUUGGAGUAUCUCGAUAAACGAUAGUCGCCUUGGCUGCAGCCCCCAACGGUCACCGCCUCUGCUGUGUACGAGACAUUGGUCACGACUGCUGGGAACGUCUAUCUAGUGAACCAGAGGCCUUCACGUGUUUAGUUGUUCGCCGCGCAACGCGCCGAUACAUAAUCGAUGAUAUUUUAUAAAGAGUUGUUAUUUAUUUAUACAUUAUAUUUGUAUAUAACGGUGCGAAGUCUAAUAAAAUAAGCACUAUGUA